GGGAGAAAAAAAAUUGAAUAACUUUUUCGCUCGAUCGCAUGAAGUGUAAUUAAUUACAUACAGAGCUCAAUUUAUGCUUACGAAUCACCAUACGAGCACCCGCACCGAACCCGCCACCUCAGGUGAAAAGUAGUCAUUGAAAAUCCUCAUUCCAGAGUCAUUAAACUGGAAGUCAAGUUCGAACCCGGUCCCCGUAUUGGCUGCGUCCGAAGUGAACCACCACAACGACGGAACCCUGAUAAAUAUACCUCGUUUCUUGAUCGUUCGUCGACUUGCCCAUGAUAUCCGCGGUGGAGUCGAGCUUAUCAAAGCCGUAAACUCCCAAGUAGUCGGCCCCCAGUUCGAAACCGCUGCGAAUCUUAGACAACUCUGUGAUGCGUGGGGCUGCGAAUAAUCCACUUUCCGAGUUAGAAUACGAUUCGUCCGGUUUGUUCCAUAAUUUGCAUCGAUAGUCCCACCACAUUCGGUGGGUAAAAUAAUUUUGUAGUUAUUACGCAGGAGGAUCUUGGAAAUUUUGGGAUUUUGUGGUGAAUUUGAUAUGAAUAGAUUACAAUUACAGGGAAUAUUUUAUAGCGGCACGACAUGGACGACCCAGGUGUUACCCGAAUUUGGUGGGUACUCCUCCCCCAUACCGGGCAUUGGACAGGCCUAGCCUACCAGGGGAUACCAACUAGAUCGGAAGAAGCGUAUGCGUCCGUUCGAAAAAUAAUUGCAAUUGUGUCCCCAUCUUCGUAGAAAUGGGAGUUCUCAGCAAAAACUUCAUAAAAAAGUAUGAAUUUACAAAGUUUAAGGUGCGUUUAUGCUUUCUGAUAAUUGUAGCGAUCUCUUAGAGAAUUGAUAACCGACGGGUUUUUAGUUCCCGUCCUCGUUACAUUCGCGUCGCCAUAGCGGUCGCUAUGCAAUUCGCCAUGCGGGUUUAUGCAUUGUUUCCUCCUUCAUUUCACGGCACCUUCACGAUCACCAUGAAAGUUGAACAGAGUUCAACUUUUACACGGAUGAAGGAGCAAGGAAAUUUUUAGAAACCAUUACAAUUUUAUAAAUAUUUCCAUUUGCGAUUUCAAAAUUUCAUAAAAUGACUACAAAAGUGAUAUCUGCGCCCAAAUCUCCACUGGAUCUGGAAGAAAAAUUAAUUCUUCUAGUUCAGCAACGUCCAGCACUGUACGACAAGAAGGAUCCUGCAUACAAAAAUAGAAACACUCGUGCGGUGAUGUGGGAGGAAAUUGGAAAGCUACUAGGAAAGACAGGUCAGUUUGUUUUACUGCAGAGUCUAUAUUCUCACUUGUAUUAACUCUAAAAAGGCAAUUUUUCAGAGUUCGAUUGUCAACAACUGUGGACAAAAUUACGCAGCCAAUUCAGCGGAUUCCUGCGAAAAUUACGCAAUCCAAGUGGAAAAGAGGACAAGCCACGUCCCUUCUUCCGGCAUGAAGGAGCAAUGCGUUUCAUCCGUGACAUUGUUGACCCGGAUGAAAGGUAAUAGUAGUUUAUAUUUAAUUGAGUAAUGAGUUGGUUAAAUAAUUUUGGUAAUGAAACUAUCUCUAAACAAACAGUACCGUGUCCAAUCUCGUGACUGAAGAUGAUUCUUUUUGUUUUUUUGUUUUUGUUUAAUUGGCAUAAUUGUUUUUGUGAGAUUAUGAAAUGGCUAUGAUUUUUUACGGGUUUUUACUUUCCCUUCGAUGACCGAUAGCUAAAACUAGCGUUGAGAGAAAGCGAUCGUAAAAACUACAGAAAGUGUAAACCCGUUAUGAAGGAAGGAACGCUAACGCUAUGGCGACGUUAUGUAACGAGGACGUUAAGCAUAAACCAUACUUUAGUUAAUUAUUUAGCUAAUUAGUUGAUCCUUGAUCCCUGGCAGCGGACGCACUCGCACACAUAUUCCAUCAUAAUUUCAUUUAAACUGUUUGUGAGCAUUUUGAAAAAUUUUCAAACACGUGUUUAGUUAUUUACGUAAGGUUACAUAUGUACAUGAUCGGAGCGAAACCGCUGAAGUAAUCGUGUUGUAAAUAAGUGGGUUUUAUAUUUUUUAUGAACAAGUUGUAUUUUAUGAAUCGGUCACGCAAUUUCCCUUGCUGAUGAUAGUGAGGAUGAGCUUGGGAAGUAAGAUGGGUAGAAUUUCGCACGGUGUUUUUACUUUUUGGAUUACCUAUGCAUAUUGAUUAGCUUACAUCCACUGAUGCACCGUCGUGCUCGCUCGUGAUAAUUGCUAGUUUUCACAACUGAUGCCUAGUCAGUAGUCAGUCAGCAGUGGUCACUGUAUAAUUUCUAAUCAAGGACCUUGAUCAUUUUCCCUCAGCCCUGAAAUUGGCCAUAUAAACUGCUAGUCCCGAAGUUAUAUAAUUAUCUUAACGGGUAUUUGAGCGUGAAAUAUUAAACGCAAUCUGAAAAACAUGUACAUUGUUAUAUUGUACUGCACUCCCUGACAUAAAUCCAAACGUGUUGCACAAAACUUUGGUAAUAUUAAUUAGCUGAUAUUGGUUGAGAGCUUAAUAAAGAAUUAUUUGACUUGGUUUGUAUGUAGGUUUGAAAUCUGUGUACGAGUUUUGUUAAAAUAUUGAGCAAUUUAUAUUAGCUACUGUUGUGCCUAGUAAAUUAGUACAAGAUAUGCAUCGGGACCUUCAAUUUUGUGUUGACUACCCUGGCAAGCUCAGGUUCUCAGUUUGAGAAAACAGUUUUUGUUUCGAUAACCAAAGUAUAAGAAUUUGUGCCAGCUAAAGAAUCACUUGAAGCAAGAGGUCACCCCCAAAUUCUUGACCACAAUUAAUCAUGGAGCAAACUCGACUCCUUGACAAAACUCCGUUGUCCUUCACGUACGAUCUGCUCUGUUCUAAGACGGAUCAGGAAAUUGUGACAAAUUUCUCAUGGGUCAUGGUAGGCUUGAUUUUGGUCACCAUUGUGUGGAAUUUGUUGGGAACAGUGCCGUAUGGAAAGGCCACAGUUUCAACGAGGGGUAACAAGGAGGGAUCGAAAGGGUUAUCAUCGUCCUGGAGAUUUUGGGAGUAUCCGAUCAGUUCGAGGUUCACUUGGCGGUUUGGCUUCCUUCCAGCUGUAAUUGUGCCCUGGGUGAUAAUUCUUUUCACGCCGACGCCAUAUCUUUACAACGUUACAAAUCUUGCUGGAUUGAUGAUCUACUAUCUUCAUUAUUUUAAUCGCUCGGUAAUUUACCCCUCAAGAAUAUCUGACCAUGCAACUCCCUGUCCGGCCUGGUUCAUCCUUGGUCCGCUGAUCGUCACCACGGUACACACUUUCUACCAGGUCCAUCAUCUCGCCAACGUACACAAGCCUAUGGCCGUGUCCUCCCUGACUUUUGUGGCGAUCGGCAUGAGCAUCCUGGGGGCCUGGCUGAAUACCCGGCAUGACUGGAUUCUGACGCAACUUCGAGCCCGAGGAAAAGGUUAUCAAAUUCCGGAGGGGUCGCUCUUUGAAUACGUUUCAUGUCCGAAUUACUUUGGGGAGUGUUUGGAGUGGUGGGGCUUCGCAUUGGUGACGGGUGGGGGACGUCCUCAGGUUCUGUUUGCCAUCUUUUCCACCGUGUUCCUGGGAUUCCGAGCGAGAUUUACACGUAAAUGGUACCACGCCAAGUUUGGGGCCAAGUACCCCCGUGAGAGGAAAGCUAUGAUCCCCUUUGUCUAUUAAAUAUGCAUGAUUUUUUUGUGCACGUCAACAAUUUAUAUAAAAACCUCAAUUUAUGCUUAACCAUACCGGUCUUAAAUUUUAAGAUUAUAUGUACCAAGUUUAGUUCUUAAAAUUUCUCAAAAUUUUAGGUCAAAUUAGGUACUUGUUGAAAUACAAUUUUCUCUAAAUAUGUAUGCUCUUCUUGCUUAUAGUUUAAUAAAAUAGUCGAUAAUCAUUACAUACAAA